AUGAACUUGAAGUCUUCCACUGGAGUUUUCCCAGUCACUAAGCAGAUCAACAUUCCCAAACAACUUGGUGUCACCUGCAAAGUUACUGAGGGUGCACUCAACCCCCUCAUCCAGAUCAUUGAUAAAGAUAAAAGUUCAUUUAGUACUGCUGCGGAGGGGCGGGAUGCCGGCGGCCGGCGGUGCUGCCCGCCGCUGAGCGGAGGGGGCGGCUGGGCCAGGCCGGGCAGGAGGAGCUGCCCCCGGGAGGGCAGCGCCCAGCUCGGCGGGGCGGGCCGGGUCGGGAGGGGCAGCCGCUCCCCUCCGCUGCGCACCGCGGGCGCGCCGUCGGGCUUCCCCGCUGCCGGCGGGAGGAGCCGGCCGUUCGUUCCGCUGGGUGUCACUCGGGGGUGGGAGAGGCGCCUUCAAAAGCCGAGGGGAGGGAAGGAUCCGCCGCCCCAGCCGCCCGCACCGGCAGCGCGCCCGCCGCAGCCCGCCACGCCGCGGUACGGGCGGCAGCCGCUCCGCUUCCUGCGGGCCGGGACGCUCCCGGCUCUCCGCCUCGGAGCCGGCGCGGGGCGGAGAGUCAUCGGUUGGUGCCGGCUGCCCCCCGACCCCAGCCCCUGCGGGCGGCGGCUCUCGGCCCCGCCGGCCCAUGCGAGAAGGAUGCUAGAGAGCGGCUGCAAGGCGGUGAAGGAGGGGGUGCUGGAGAAGAGGAGCGACGGGCUCCUGCAGCUCUGGAAGAAGAAGCGCUGCAUCCUCACCGAAGAGGGGCUGCUCCUCAUCCCCCCCAAGCAGCAGCCGCCGCCACCGCAGCAGCAGCAGCAGCCGCCGUCGCUGCCGGCCGAGCCGGCGGCCAAGAUCAAGGAGCUUCACUUCUCCAACAUGAAGACGGUGGACUGCGUGGAGCGGAAGGGCAAGUACGUGUACUUCACGGUAGUGAUGGCCGAGGGGAAGGAGAUCGACUUUCGGUGCGCGCAGGAGCACGGCUGGAACGCGGCGAUCACGCUGCAGAUGGUGCAGUACAAGAACCGCCAAGCCAUCCUCGCCGUCCGCUCCACCCGCCAGAAGCAGCAGCACCUGGCGCAGCCCCACGGCCCGCGCCUCCGCAGCGCCUCCAGCUCCGCCUAGCACAGGUUAAGUUAACGAAGCGCUUCGGGGAAGCGGGACUGAGAGCGUUCGUUGCGGAGGUACUUCAGUUUGGUCAAAAACUGGGCAAACGCCGGAGAUGCAGGUAGUCUGGAGACAAGCGGCGCAACAACCUGAACCCCAGCUAGCUGCUGCUUUGCCGCCCUCGGUGCCGAGAAGCAUUUCAAAUCUAUUAUUUAUGAACCUUGGAAAGGAUUCUUUGGUGUGCUGAGACUUCGAGGAGACAUGAUGUACUGUAACUUUAUUUUAAUGUAUUUUAUUUUAUUUUAUUUAUUAGGGUUGGUUGUUCAGGUUUUGUUUUGUUUUUUAAAGGCUUGUUUGCAAGACAUUUCUGAAUGUAGGCCGUAUACAACAAGCAAAAGAAAAAACAGCGUGUACAUUAGCCCCUAAAGAAACUAAAAAAAUCUGGUUAGUUCAGCCAUGUGCGAGUUGACAACGGAGUUUUUCAUUUUUACCUGAAAUACACUGUAUAACGCUAAUAUGGAAAGUGUGAUGUGUGGUUUGGAAUUUGCCUGAAGCCCAUACUGCAUAUGAAAACUCUUGCCUUUAGCGAGAAUAUCAAAUACAUUCUGGGUUUUAAAUUAUUAGCUUUUAAAAUAUACGCAUGGUGGAAGAUGAUAAAAUCUUACGCAAUCUUGGUGAUUCAAAAAGUAAUGUUGAUUGUUAUUCUGAGAUUAAAAGCCAUUGUUUUAAGGUAUGAGUGGAAGGGAAUCUGACCAACUUAUUUUGUGAUGCAGGAGCCGCAGUUGGACUCCACUUACCCGUUUGAUGUGCUUGCUCCUAGGCUGAAGAGCCGGAGCUGAGCUGCGCUUAGGAACGUUUCUUAGUGUCUGAGUUCAGGGCUCCAUCUUCACAGUUGUUUUUCACAUGGUCUGGGCUCUUGGCCUUUGUUGAAAUUUUGUUGGAGGUUUUUAAAUGUCUUGCAUUAAAGUAGCCCCUAGUUUAAAAACCAUCUUAUCUACGUCUUAGUGUGCAAACGGAUUAUUUUGGUCACAGUUUUCAUAAGCUGAAAGUUGCUCUCUAGCUGAGACAAACUAGAUUAAUUUCGGUGUUUAGCAGUGUCAGAUGUUGUGAAAGACGUGCAAUCUCGCCUCGAAAAACGUUGACGAAGCCAUGAAGUUGGAAAACAAAGGGCUAAUUGCACAGCUGGUGUGUCUUCCUCUGCCUCUUAAAAGUCAGUGGGAGUUUGGCUGUGGAUGCUGGUGAGAGCGCGAUGGAGCUGUUGCCCCAGGGCAGAGGAAGGAGCCAGGCCGGUGUGCUUUCUAGGACAGGGCUCUCCAGGUGAUGGACCAUUUUGGGUUGUGUGCUGCUACAGCUCCGGUUCUCUGGUGUGAAGUAAGUGGGGUGGUUGUAAGCAGGACUGAGCGAUGUGGCCCAUUAUCUCUGGUUCAAGGUGAAAAGUUGCAGCUGAGGAGCUAUUUAUUUUAACUAGCGUGAUGAGGAAAACUGCUUUUGGCCCCUUUACAAGUGACAUGAAUGUAAACAAAAUCUUUUUAGCCACGCAUCCAGGACUUUGCUGUUUGCAUAACUGAGGUGUAGCUUGACUGUGAAAGCCCCCUCAUUCUUGAUUCAAGCUGUUUCUUUAAGUGUUUGAAGUGAAAGACUGAAGUGACACUCAAAGGAAGAUCUCAGAAUUGGCUACCGCAUAUGAUGGUCUCUUCUUCUUCACCCUAAGUUAAGCUUAGUCCUGUGAGGCAUAAAAGAGAUCUCGACUUAUUCCUUCUCUUUUGGUCUUUGUCUCCAUAUCCAGGUCAGGGAUCACAUACUAGACAUGCAAAAUGUAUCAUGGUGCAGAAUUAAAGCCCAGACCUCACUGGUCCUCUGUGCUCCCGAGCUUUUCUUUCCAAUCUGGCCCUUGACAAGGUUGCAUGACAAGCUCGGAAUGGUAGAUUACAGCUGUCCUAACGAAGUUAUUACUUUGAGACUAAUCGAAAUCGAAGGUGCCCUGCAUCUUCUAGGAUUAGACUUGCUGUCUUGGCAAUCAUAAUAGCCAAUUUCUGCAUCUCUGUACAUCUGCCAUUAUCAUUCCGCUAAUGCUUGGAUGUUAGAGCUGCAAGGGGAUUCUCUAAUGAGCUAGUCAAAGACUCACAAAAUAGACUGUAAUUUGUAAUUUGGCUCCUCUCUUUAGAGUCAUUAAUUACAGUUUACUGAGUAACUAAUCCACCUUUUCAGAUAUACAGAUGUAUCCCUGAUAUCUUACCUACUAAAAUACGUUUUAGCCUACUGAAAGAUAAAUGUAAUUGAUGAAAAUUAAUUCCUGUGUGAUUAGAGACACACAUGUUUCUCUAGGAGAGGCAGAUAUUCCUGUCCUCAGUGGAUACAAGCCCCUGAAUGCCACAAAAGGCUAUGGAUCUAGUCUGAAGCUAAAAUUUUACUGCUCUUCUGGAAGUAUUUGUGCUUUGAAAUGAAAUAUGACAAAUUUAGUAAUAUAAUUGACAUUAAGGUUUGAAGAAACAGCUUUCACUUGAAUUUGCUGCUCUUCUUCACCAGUUCAAGGUCAAUGUCCCACUUUCACCUCAUGUUUCUUGUUUUAAGUUGGCCUGAAGGAUGCUCUCAAAACCGUUUGGACUGAUACAGUUAAACAAACUUUUGCCGGUUGUCAUUGCCUGCUGCGUCACCUUUUUAGAAACAUUGGUGUCAGCCAAACUCUUAGCGUGAGAGACGGUCACAUCACAAAAUCCACCUUGAGCUGUCCCUGUGCCUGCAGCCUGAGUUGGGGGGGUGGGUGUAAGGAUCAAACCUCCCCCGGUUGCCUCUAGGACGGUCUUCUGGAAACUGAAUGGGAACAAAUUGGCUGGGGUCCCCUGGGGACAGUCAGACUGUGUGGCUCAUGCCAUGUCAGUAUAAAUAAGGCUAAAUUGUCUGAUGUGGACAAUCCAACAACUUUCUCACGCUCUGAAUUCCAUUAAAUUUUUUUUUGUUUUAUUUUUACCGAUAGUAAUUUUAGACCAAGAAAUCGUUUGAUGUUAUAAAUGAGGCAGUUCUGGGCUUUUUUUGGUUUGUUCCUCUGCUACUGUAUAAUCCUUAUUGGAGCUACUUGGUUAAAUACUGUCUGUCACUGUCUGGUAAGCAAUGGCUACGAAAGUAGGUCCAGCAGAUUGUGCUCCAUCUUCUUGGAGCUUUGCAAGAAAGGAAGUUGUGUUGUCUUUCCCCUUACAAAUAUUAAAAUAAAACAAAAGAAUUAAAAAGCCAAAACCAUGACAGCAUAUGGCUGAAAUAAAUUAAUUAGAGAAUAAGAAAAAUUCCAAUAAGACACACACAGGCAAAUGCUUGGUAUAGUUAAGAAAAUUGUGGACAGUAAUUUCCUAAAGAGGUCAAAAAUACAGAUCUUAAUUAAAAAAAAAAAAAGUGAUCAAGGGGCAGACUCAGCAAGAAAAUUCAAGCUGUGGUGACUGAGAAAAUUGGAGGAAAAGGAAGUGGAUGUUGUCUCUGUGACAUCCUGAAGUAAUUCCUCUUUUUUAAGGUUCAUGAUAUGCAAAUGCCAGCUUCUAAAUUAUAGAUGCAGUGAUGUACCAAAUGUUUUCUAGCAUAUCCUGUUGUGAGCAGAAGUAUCAGUGUCAUCACAAAAAAAAUGUGUGUAAAUAUGACUCAUAAAUGAUUUCUGAGAGAUGUGAUUUAUUUUUCAUAUUUUUCAAGAUGCAUUCCAUUUCAAAUAAAGAGGUAUCUAUUGAAAGA